CACCCACAAAAACACACACACACGCACACUUACAUUUGCCCCCCAGCCGACACCAUUUUCACCAAAACCAACCUCGCUCCCCUCCCUCCCUCAAACAGGACGGAGGGGGAAAGACAAAAUUAUACUUAGCCAGUUAUAUUCAACUCUUGCUUUCUUCAACCUCUUUCUCUUCUUCGACAGAACCAAUUUUCAUCAUUCUCUCUGCAACUGCAACACCCUCAUGGCUUCCCAAUUGAACCUUCUUCUUCUUCUCCUCAAUUUGCUUUUCCUCUCCGCUGCAACUUCUACCCCUGUAUUGCCCCAUAAACAGACUCCCAGCUCCCCCCAAAUCAACUCCAACUCCGUCCUCGUCGCUCUCCUCGACUCUCAUUAUACUGAACUCGCCGAACUCCUCGAGAAAGCCCUCCUCCUGCAAACCCUCGAAGCCGCCGUCGCCCACCGCAACCUCACCAUCUUCGCCCCCACCAACGAAGCCCUCGACCGCCACCUCCAUCCCGACUUCAAGCAAUUCCUCCUCCAGCCCCGCAACCUCCCUUCCUUGCAGACCCUCAUCCUCUUCCACAUCGUCCCCGAACGGAUCAGCUCCCGCGACUGGCCCCGCUACUCGUCCGAGUCGACUCAGCACAGCACGCUCACCACCGACAACGUUGAGCUCAUUAGGAGCAGAGAUCCCGGCGGAUACAUUCUCGUCAACACCGCCGAAGUGGUCCACUCUGACGACGUCGUCCGUCGCGACGGCGUGAUCCACGGGAUCGACCGGCUAUUGGUCCCUCGGUUCGUGCAAGAGGACUUCAACCGUCGCCGGAGUUUGCAAUCCAUCUCCGCCGUCUUGCCGGAAGGUGCGCCGGAGGUCGACCCGCGAACGAACCGGCUGAAAAGGCCGGCUCCGAAGGGGAAACCGGGGGCGCCGCCGAUUCUGCCGGUAUACUACGCGAUGGCUCCGGGCCCAAUGAUUGCGCCGGCUCCGGCACCGGGGCCGGGGAGUCCCCACCAUCACUUCGACGGGGAGAGUCAGGUAAAGGACUUCAUACAUACCCUCUUGCAUUACGGCGGGUACAACGAAAUGGCCGACAUUCUGGUUAAUUUGACGUCGUUGGCCACCGAAAUGGCCAAACUCGUUUCGGAGGGGUACGUGCUCACCGUUUUGGCGCCGAACGACGAAGCCAUGGCGAAGCUGACGACGGACCAGCUGAGCGAGCCCGGUGCGCCGGAGCAGAUCAUCUACUACCACAUCGUGCCGGAGUAUCAGACGGAGGAGAGCAUGUAUAAUGCGGUUCGGCGGUUCGGGAAGGUCCGAUACGAUACGUUGCACGUGCCGCAUAAGGUGGUGGCGGAGGAGGCCGAUGGGUCAGUAAAAUUCGGGCACGGCGACGGCUCAGCCUACCUGUUCGACCCCGAUAUUUAUACGGAUGGCAGAAUUUCGGUUCAGGGGAUAGAUGGCGUUCUGUUCCCCGACGAGCCAAGAUCCGAGACGAAAUUGGUGGCGCCGCCUCCCAAGUUCGUGGCAAAGCCUAGGAGAGGAAAGUUGGCUGAAGUAGCGUGCAGGAUGGUGAAGGCAUUGGGGCAGGAUUCCCAUUUUACCGCAUGCGUCUGAAAGGGUCACUCUCCCCCACACCCCACCACUCGCCUCAUCCCCUCUACAAAAGCUCCAACCAAGGUAAAAGUUAUUCCUACCCCGUGGCUCACCUGCCUACAAUAAGCCAAUUGGGUGAUGGCAUAAUUAGGAAAAGGAAAAGCUCAAUUAGCUACACAGACCAUAUAAAAUUAAUAAACCAUAGUCAAGUUAUGAUUUAAUUUUUUUCUGCUUAUAUCAAUUCGGGUGCAGGCAUGCAUGCAUGAUGGAAAGUUAAAUAAUAAUUAGAAGGAAUUGGAGGGGUUAUUAAUUGCGUGGACUGUUGGUGUGUUGGUAAUUUUGUGUUUGGUGGCGAAAAUCCCAUGAUCAAUGAAUGGGAAUGCAAGAAAAGGUGACUACCAACUGUCGUCGCUAAAAGUUGCGCACAUGCUGAUUGAUAGAUGCUGCUGCGAUGGAUCAGCUACGAGCAUAAGAUUGAUUUUUUUGGGUGUGGGAUUUGUGUGUAGGGGGAGUGGUAGCUGUAAGGGGGCUUGGUUUUUUUUUUUUGGGUGUGGGAUUUGUGUGUAGGGGAGUGGUAGCUGUAAGGGGGCUGAGGGGUUAAUGUACCAUGAAUGUACUUAAUUAAUUCCCCCAGACAAUGACAAUAACCCACAUCCCACACGAAGAGUACUUCAAGAUUUCAAUGCAAUUGUGAGAAUAAAUAAUAAAACAAGAAUUCUUUUGUGUUCA